AUUCCAAAUUUCCAAUCAUCUAAGCUCAAUACAAUAAAUAGAGUACUGUUUGUUUAGUAAAAAGUAAAAAUCUUGUUUUCCAAGUUUAGAGAGUAGAAACCAAGAAAAUGGCAGCAGCAAUGUUUAAGUUGGCGUGUGUGCUUCUUGCUUGCAUGGUUGUGGUUGCACCUUAUGCAUCUGAAGGUGCAAUCUCAUGUGGUACGGUGACUACACAGAUGGCACCAUGCCUUGGUUACCUGACAGGGUCUGAUCUUCAACCUAGCUGUUGUGCAGGAGUUGAGUCUCUCCUUGCAGCUGCUACGACCACUGAAGACCGUCAAGCUGCUUGUAAUUGUUUGAAGAGCGCCUCCUCUAGUAUUCCCGGGAUCAACUAUGAUAAUGCUGCGUCACUCCCGAGUAAAUGUGGUGUUAACAUCCCUUACGAGAUCAGCCCCUCCACUGACUGCACCCAGGUUCAGUAAUUGCCAAAACUAUAUCACUGGAGGAUUUGCAUUUAGCCGGAAUGAAUAGAUACUAUAUGAUGAAGAAUAAAAUGGAUGUUUAGGUGAUGGAGCUUUAUGCCACAUAAGGAGGUCUGUUGCACAUAAUUAUGCAGAGCUUCGUUAGCUAUCAUUCACUGCUUAGUGCCUCCUAGUAUACUGUGUUGUUAUGAUGUUGUCGUUAUUUUUAUUGUAGAAGUAGUUUAUCUGCUGGGUUUUUUCAGUAUCGUCUUUUCAGACCAGACAUUUGCCUGUAGUUUAUAUAUGUAAUCCUCCUACCCUUAAUUAAUGAAAAUGAAGAUUUACUUAUUAGUUA